ACGCGGCUUCCCUUUCAUUUUCCGUCGUACAGAUCUGCACGCUGUCCCCUCUGUCUAUUAUAACUGCCUCCUGCAAUUUGGUUGCUUCUACUCACUUCUAGAGUUCGAGGAGCAUCGUUUUCGGGGGAAGAUAUGGAGGGGCGCAUUGUGCUCGCGGCGGUGCUACUUAUGUUUGCGGCGGUGAUGCUACCGGAGGUGGCGGCGGUGCGUGUUAUCGUUGGUUCGGGGCUGGGUGGCUGGGCGCCCAACGUGAACUACACAGAUUGGGUGAAGGACAAGCAUUUCUAUAAAGGGGAUUGGCUCUAUUUCGUCUAUGACCGGAACCAAGUGGAUGUUCUUGAGGUUAACAAGACAAGUUACGAUACCUGCAAUGCCGACCAUCCACUCCACAACUUCACAACGGGUGUCGGGAGGGACGUGGUCGAGCUCAAUGUGACAAAAACCUACUAUUUCAUCAGCUCCAAAGGCUACUGCUAUGGUGGUCUGAAAAUUGCUGUUAAUGUUGAAAAGGCACCGCCUCCGCCCCAAGCUUCGCCGGCCAAGAACUCCUCCCCGACUUUGGUCUCGGCAUUUAGAGGUCAGAUAUUCGUGCCUGUGAUUCUUGCCGUGGGAGCCCUGUGGGAUUCGAUCCUCCUGCGCAUAUAGCCGGCGAUCUGUGUUCUUCUUACAUGAGUUAGUAGCACAUAGUUUCGAUCUUGUUUAACCCCCCUCCAAUUGUGAAGAAAGAAUUUGAUUGUGCUAUGUUUCAUUAUUGUAUUCUUAAUUUAUUGUAUUGUAUUGUUAUUGACUUUUGUCAUCGUACACUGCAUCCUUUGUCCGACCUGAGUUCACAAAUUUGUGCAUUCAUUCAGGUGGUGGGGUGUGGCAAAUGUUGAAAGCUAUUAGUUUGUUCAACAACUUUGGCAGAAAAGUCGAUCUGUUUGUUGUGUUGGGGAAUCAAAAAGUGCAUUAUUUUCUAAAA